GAGUGAAUAACUUCUCCACGUUUUGUUGUCCCAGUGUUUGCUGCGGUACUUUAUUGUAUGAAACUUCACAUGAUCGGCUUAAAUAACUUACGUUUCAAGGACCUAAGAAAGUAAUAAGUCUGUCCUCUUUCCCACUCCCCAGCCACUCAAAAUAGGAAGCUGGACUUACAUCUAAUCCUGGUUCUUUUAUUAUUUGUAUUAUUUUAGUCAGGAGUAAGUUCUGUCGAGUUUGCUCCCCUGUUAGAGUGGUUAGAAUUGCAGUGGGAAGUCUCUUUCUUGAUUUGGGGUUUGGGGAGUGGAAGGUAUGAAAUAAAGCUACUUAUUUGUAGAGUUUGGACUGGUAGCAGGAGGGCAGAUAGAGAUGGCUUGCUUUUUAAAAAGGCAGAAGGAAGUAAAUGAUGGGGUAGUGAAGAAAGGGUGAAGUUGGAAGUUGGCUGAGUGGUGGAAAUAGAGUGUGAUUCAGCCAUCCUACCCCCGCAAGAUUCAAGGAGCUGGGUUAAAGGAGUUGGUAAGUUAGGGUAGGCCUCUUCCACACAGUUUUCUUCCCUCCGCAGAAGAAAUGGAGAUUGGAUCUGGGAGAAGAGGAAGAUUAUAUUGUAAGGAACGGGGAAAACUAUUUGUCCAAAAUACUUGAGUUGAGGGAGGGGAUGCUCUUACAUUACUUCUUUAGAAAAAGUGCAAGAAGGAAGGGUAUCCCCCUGCUUUGGUGGGGAAGAAACAAAGUGAGGGUGAGUCAUCUUGUGGAGGAGGAAAAUAAAGAGAUGGUGAUGGGGUGAAAGGCUCAUGUCUCUGCAGAAGGAAUUUUCAGAUUUUGAAUGCAAAACAAAAGUCAAGAGGUGAAGAUGUAAUGGAAGAACUGAGCAUUCAGGAGAAGCAUAUACUUGAUGGGUUAUAAAUGUAAACAAGGAACUGUAUAAUGAAGAUGGAAAACAAAAAGUGACCUCUACCCUAUAAGGUGACCAGUUGGACCUCAUGAUCCUGCUUUAGGAGGCAGAUUCUGCGAGGAUGUUACAUCACCACUGCCGGAGGAACCCUGAGCUACAGGAAGAAUUGCAGAUUCAGGCUGCAGUGGCUGCUGGGGAUGUUCACACUGUGCGCAAGAUGUUAGAGCAGGGUUAUUCUCCAAAUGGUCGAGAUGCCAAUGGCUGGACUUUGCUCCACUUCUCAGCAGCAAGAGGGAAGGAAAGAUGUGUUCGUGUAUUCCUUGAGCAUGGAGCUGAUCCCACAGUGAAAGAUUUAAUUGGAGGCUUCACUGCUCUACAUUAUGCAGCCAUGCAUGGUCGAGCCCGGAUUGCACGCCUGAUGUUGGAGUCUGACUACCGUGUUGAUAUCAUUAAUGCCAAGAGCAACGAUGGCUGGACUCCCUUGCAUGUGGCAGCUCAUUAUGGCAGAGACUCAUUCGUCCGACUUCUGCUGGAGUUCAAGGCUGAGGUUGAUCCACUCAGCGACAAAGGUACUACACCACUUCAGCUGGCCAUUAUCCGUGAAAGGUCCAGCUGUGUCAAAAUACUCCUCGAUCAUAAUGCUAACAUUGACAUUCAAAAUGGCUUCCUGUUACGCUAUGCUGUGAUCAAAAGCAAUCAUUCUUAUUGCCGGAUGUUUCUUCAGCGAGGGGCAGAUACAAACUUGGGGCGCUUAGAAGAUGGACAGACGCCAUUGCACUUGUCUGCUCUUAGGGAUGAUGUACUCUGUGCACAGAUGUUAUACAACUAUGGUGCAGACACUAAUACAAGGAACUAUGAAGGACAGACUCCACUGGCGGUUUCUAUAAGUAUUUCUGGAAGUAGCCGACCUUGUUUGGAUUUCCUGCAAGAAGUAACAAGACAGCCCCGGAACCUGCAAGAUCUAUGCCGAAUUAAAAUCCGCCAGUGUAUAGGCCUUCAAAACCUCAAACUACUUGAUGAACUACCAAUUGCCAAGGUUCUUUGGUAUCUAAGACUCCCCAGCCAGAGGAAGUUAGUCGUGCUUAAGUGUGAAAUGAUGGCCCUGCAAGCUGUUGACAAGAUAUUUAUCCAUGGGAGAGCAAAAUUCUUUUCAUUAAUGUGUUUGGCUUCUGUUGUGAAAUGGAACUUGCUUUAAUAGCAGUGGACUUUUUAAUGAAACAUAAGCAUCUUUCUUCAUUGUUUUGUUAAACUGUUAGGUGCACAGCUUGGCUAAUCUUUAUAUUCUGGAUCUUUUUUCUCCUCACAGAAAAUUCAGCAGCCAAGGAUCUUGUGUUCCUUAAAGCAGGGAUUCAGUUCAGUAUUAAAGCUUACCUACCAUACCUAUAAAAUUAUAAUCACUGCUAAGAAAAAUGCUAUGCAGGAAAGGAAUUCAGCACCUUGAUGCUGAAUCUGCAUAGCAACCCUUAAGAUAAUGUCCAAGCCACGCCUAAAUGUCAGUGUUAUAGCAGCAUGCACAAUAAGAGGAAAUCCAUAUAAAUGUGUGGCUGCUUACAUGGCAUUAAUUUUAUUUAUCCAUUUAUUUUAAGUAUUUAUAGCCUGCCUUUCCAAUAGGGGGUGGUGGGAAAGCAAGCCAACUAUUAAUAGUAAUAUGAUUAAUCAUGGAAACCUAACAGUAAAUAGCAAUUCAGUAUUAAAAGAUGACAGCUGCUAAAAAGGCAGUGAAAAAUACAAAGCAAAAAUAGCAGUGACCAAACCAAGGAGAAUACAAUUAACACUUUACAGGCUAAAAGCCUAACAGGAAAAGACAGCUUUAAGUCAUUAGCCCAGUUUGCAUGUAAUGAUAACCCAUGCUUUGUUGUUAGUUUAAAACUCUAGGUUGCUUAAUCUUCAACAACCCAGAUUACUAGAUACGGAAUCAGGUAAGAAGCCAGAUGUGGGGUGCAUUCUUCAGUUGUUUUGGCAAGCUUAUACCACAUGGAAGUAGGAAGCAGGUGGGAAGCGCUGCACUCACUCAUUCCUGCAUGACUCCACCAAUUCAUUGGCAUUGGUUCUUUAAUGAUUGGCAUUAUGUGCAGGCCAGGAUGAUGGUAAAAAACAGGAAGCUGGCCAAGUGACUCUCUAAGGAAAGAAUUUUCUAAAGCCUGGGUAUAGGCCUUCUUCCUUAAAAAUGCAGCUUAGAGUUGGCAGGGCUCAGGCGCUAACCUAUCCACAGGCUCUUAACUUUCAGUCAGGCUUUGGGCUUUAAAGGUCAUAACCUUCACUUUGAACUGAGCUCACAAAUAGACUGCCAGCCAAUAAGUUUUGUACUAAGAUGUUCCUCAUCACAAACUCCAGUCAGUAGUCUGACUGCCACAUUCCUUUAUACACUCCUUUUUUACCAUGGCAAAAUCCAUUCAUAACACUUUAAAAACAUCUUUAAUAUAAAACAUAAACACCAACAUUAUAAAAUCGCCCACUAUAGAAAGUAUAUAAAACUAUUGGCAUCCAUUCUUAGUACCUAAGCCUAUACUGUGGUUUCUGCUACUUGGACCCUUGCUUCUCUAACGUUUUGUAACUGAGUAGAUAAAGCUCCCAGCAUUAUUCUCUUAUUCCCAAAGGACUAUUCCCAAAAAAUCGUGGUGCUUCCCCAAAUGGUUGCGCCCAAAGGCACCAGCCUUGACAGUUCCUUAAAUAUUACUUUGGCUCCAGAGGUGUGAAAAGACCUCUGCCAGUUAUCAGGUAAUUGCCAAAGAGCAAUGAUUAAAGCUAUGAAACCAUUUUGGAAAUCAAUUUGCCUGGAUGCUGUAUGUUUUGCUCCCUUUCAGAACUAGAGCAAAUUUAACAUGCCAGAAGCCAAAGCAGGGAGGAAGAAGGCACAUGUUCUGCAUCAGGUGGAAAAUGAACGCUUAUGAAGGGGUUAGUUCGUAUGUCAAAAUGCAGCUCUGGGCCUAAGCCUACUACUAUAAUGCAUGUGUUGCAAGUAGAAAGACCUGGGUUCAAUUCUGGUAUUCCUAGUUGAGGCUUGAAAGACCCCUGUCUGAAAUUCUGGAGAGCUCUACUAGCCAGUGUAAACAAUAUUUAGGUAGGUGGGCAGCUUCCUGGGUUUCUUAUGACCCUAGGGUUCAUAGGAUCGCUCAAAUGAAGGACUUGCUAUCUGCACUUUAAAGCAACAGCCACUUGCUAAUAAAGGUGAAGAUUUUGUCAUAUUCUAGCACCAUUACACUUCAGCCAAAGUUUGCCAGCCUGAUCCAGCAUUACGUAAAGGCUAACUAGUGGGUGUAUUGCCCCUGAGGAACUUUGUGUUGACUUUUGAUUGAUUUUUGAAAAUCACAGAGCUGUUGGUGUUAUAGAGCCUCUUCCCCUCUCUGACUCCACGCCACCCCUUCUUCAAGUGCAGUAGUUAAUAGAUACUGGAAACCAGGGGCUGGACUGAAGAGCCAUGCACUGUGUGACGAACUUUUUGCCAGGCCUAAAUCUUUCACUUCACUGGAUCAUCAGGGAAGCCAAACAGCAAGAGAUUCAGGACAAAUGGAAAAGUAUUCUUUGCAUCUACUUCCCACAUGCAUUGCACCAUCUGAUACACCACUAUCAGUUUUCUACCUUACUUGCCAUUUUCUAAGUGAUAAAGCACCAGACACUCUAAAUUUUCUUCACAAGUGAUUUCUUCCUGUCCUUUGGUCAUUUAGGCUGUCCUCUUCUGCACCUUUUUGAGUUCUACCAAUAUCUUCUUUGAGGUGCAGUGAUCAGAACUGUACAGAGUAUUCCAUGUGUGCAAUCUAUAUAAAGAAAUUAUAUUAGCAAGGAGGUUAAUCCUUCUUUAAUAAUCCCCAAUAUGAUUUUUACUUUUUUCAUAGACAAGGAUGACUUCCUCAUCAAACAAAUCACCCUAAGUCCAAGACAUUCCUUGGUUAACUGUUAUUAAUUAUGGUGCCAUCUGUGUCUAUGUGAAGUUGAAACUUUCUGCCGCUGUACACAUUGCUUCAUAUUUGCCUUCAUAUUUCAUGGAACCACAUUCCACAUGCUAAUGCCCAUUCCGUUAGUUUGGAAAAGUUGUUUUGAAGUGUGUUAUUGUCCCUUUGGUUCUGUCCACCUUAAAUAAUUUGGUGUCCUUGGAAAACUUGGCUAUUGUACCACUUAUCCUCAACUCCAGAUCAUUUGUGGACAAGUUUAAAAAACACCACUCUUAAUGCAGAUCCUUCAGUGACCUUGUUUUGCAGGCUAUAUCAACCAAGACCACCACUCACUAUUUGCUGCUGUUCUGCUUUCCUUUAUCUUUCAACUCACAUUGGCUGCCAGUUUCACAAGAAAGAGCUCUUAUGAAAAAAAAGCAUGUUAAUUUUACAUUUCAAAAACUGUUGACAUUUGGGACUGAGUUCCAUUUUUGGUGAAGUGGACAGGAGACAUAAAUGUUGAGCCUGAAGUUCAAGACUGCAGUUAAAGCUGAUGCGAAUCAGGCAAAGCAAAUUUCUCAGUUUCUAGAGGGAUUCCAUACCGUAUUUUGUCAUACAUCAUUCCCUCUUUCAAAUAAGAGUUGGUGUAUUUGAGUUGCCAGAAGCAUGAGUCGGAAGUGUCUGGUCACCUGUACCUAUACAGAUUUGCUGGUCAGCUGAAUUCUUUAGCUUUGCCUCCUUCCUCCCCAGUAUGAGCUAAUACCAGCCUGCCUUUGUGGAUAGUUUACUGAGAUGCAUUGCACUGGAGUAUUAGCCUCUCCUUCAGCCCAAGGUACAAAUUAAGUCUCAGAGAAUUCCCAGGAAGUCUGUUUCAGUAAUGGGUUGAGGCAUUGUCAAAUGGGGCAAAGGUGCAAGUACCAGUGUAUUUUAACUUAAAGCUCUUACCGUCACGAGAGCCUUAUGGUAGGCACAUCGUCAUUUUAAAUUAGGGGAAAAUGUGUAAAGGAGUAAUGUGGGAAGGAUGGGGAAGGGUGUAGCAAUCUGGGAAGGCAGACCGGGGAGAAGGCCUAGGGUUUCAACAUCCCUGGUAUGUAUGACAACAUUUUGAACACUUUGAAAGCGCCAUACAAAAGUCUAAAUAUAAAUCCUAGUCUAAGAGUUGGUUUCAUUUCCACCAACCAAAUUUGCACUGGAUGCUACAAAUAGUCAGUUUCAAAUCAGAAGCAGAUUGUGGAGGGGCAGAAAUGGUUUUUAGUCUGAACUGCUAGAACAUUAUAGUCUUCUAUUUGAGGGUGGUUUGGUGAAUAUGCUUGCUAUGCAAGCCAGCCUUGGAGAAAGCCAAAAAGAAAAGAGGCAAUUGUCUGUAUACAGUGCAACACAAUGAGGAUAUUUAAUCUGGUUCCACAGGGAUGUUUUAACAUUAUGACUCAGCUUUUCACUUGCUUGAUCUUGAGUCAGUGAAACAUAAUUUAAUGACUGCUAUAGUCUAGGUUCUGUCUGGGUAUAAUGGCUGACCAUUAAAAGCCAAUUCAUAUCAGGAGCAUUACUAAUCAAGUGAUGUCUUCUGAAAAAUGGUCCAUUUUAUCUGCCAGAUGGAUUCUCUAGCACAUAUAUGGGCUUGGGUGCACGGGUUCCGUUUAUUGUUGCUUCUUUGCUUGCUUGCUUCUACUAGAGCUAUUUCUAAAACAGCCACACAUUUUGGAGGGCAGUUCUGUUUACAGCAUAAGAAGCAAAAGAUCUUGCAGCAAUCAAACUUUUACUGAGGCAUAAGCCUUUGAUGGAGCCCGUGUCUUCAAAUACAUUCAUGGGCAUAGGAGGUAAAAUUGUAAACAGCAGCUCUAAAAGCCAUCAAAUUAUAGAUCAUCCUCUCCAUUUUAUUCUCACAACAGCCCUGUGAAGUAGGUUAGGCUGAGAGUCCCCGUCUGCCCAAAGUUACCCAGGGAACUUUGCAGCUGAGUGUGGAUCUCCUGAGCGCAGCACUCCAAACAUUACACCACACUGCAGCAGAAGCGAUAUUCUUCACUGAAAGUAGCAACUUUUCCUACCUUUGCCACGCUAACACAAUGCCUGUAACAGAAGCUGUUUCAAGGGAACUUUGCAAUCAGAGUCUACGUAAGUGAAGGGAAAGUGUGACGAACUUUCCAUAGGAAGCAGACUUCCAAGCCUAACUUUUUCAGGGAUUUCUAGGUCAAAAAUCACUGCCAUUAAAAAUGCCCUAGACAGGUAAAUUCCAGGCCAGGCAACUAGGUCCCUCCCUCAAGGAACUUACGAACUUCAUUUUCUCAGUGUGGAAGAUACCAAGAAGAAUUAAUACAAUGCACUAAAUUCCAGCAAAUCCAUGUCUUUAGCUGUUGUUUUCAGAAGGGAUGGGGGACUAUGGGGUGGGCUUAUGAGGAAGUUGCUGUGGUGAAGCAGGAAAAAAUGGCAGAGGUGAACUUGGCUUCCUGCUCACCUGUUAUUGCACUACACUGGCUUUUCAGCCUAUCUAGUAAGGGCACAUUGGAGGCUGGAAGGAGGUCAACAUAAACUGUGCUCUGCCUGGCCUCUGCUGCCAUUUGCACUCACAGGAAUGAGUCUUUCUCCUGCUCCAAAACUGCGUUUCUGACCUCAGAGAAGUAGCUGGCAUUUCCUUGCUGGCAGUGCAGCAACAGGUUUCCAGUUCCCCCUUUCAAGAGAUGCAUGCCAAGGGACCAUAGGAUUGCUUUCUGUGAGUCUUUGAGCAAUUGAGGUUCAGAGAGUGAAGGCUGUAAACAGGAGUAACAUACUCACAUGCUAAGGUGGAAUGCUAAGAUGGAAGAAAGCAAGUAGAGCUCUGAAAGGUUUGCCUGACCUAUGCUUGGAAACUAAACAAAGACAGUCAAAAUGUCAAAUGGGUCAAGUUUAUGAAGGAUGAAAUAGGAAUUCUCCUUUUGUGUUGCCUAUUAUGAAUACAGAACCAAGGAUUCUUAGAUAUCUACUUUUUAGGCACUUGUUUAAAAGGCUAUCUGGAUUAACUUUAUUCACUUCUAAAGCACUUUAGGCUAUACUGUUAUACACACAUACAUGGGAAUUAGUCCAGUUGAACUCAGUGAGACUUCAGAGCAGUUAUAGGAUUUAUAUCAAUAGGUUUGUUGCUGGUAAGAAAUUCAGAUUAAAGGGCCACUGGUCGUGUGUGUGUGUGUGUGUGUGAGAGAGAGAGAGAGACAGACAGACAGACAGACAGACAGACAGACAGACUUCAGUGGGGGAUCACAGUACAUUUUGGUCUUUCUCCCCUUACACACACACUGCUAUCAUGACCUUGACUUUUGUUCUUUUUGGUAGCUUAGGGCCACAAGGAUGACUUUGUUCAAAAGCAGUGAGUGUAACAAAUGAACUUAAAACCAAACUCCACUUCUUCAUUUCUUACUGAUUGCCCUGUUCUGCUUUAUGACAGAGGUUAAUGCAAAGAAUGAAUCUGUAGUGACAUUGUUUAAAGCCCCUUUAUCCUUGCCUAAUUAAAGGAGAUAUUUGAAAGGUGAUUCCUGAGGCUCAACACCUCACAUCCUAAAUGCCGGUCUUGAUCCUUGAGUGAGGUUUACAAAGAAAAACUUCAAAAAUUCAUUUCGGACUACCAUGUGGGGAUAGGGACUCUCCAUUACCUAACUUAUUACAAUGAUUUAUAUCCAGCUUUCCAAUUAUUUAUAAGAUUUAUAUCCUGCUUUUUUCUUACAACUCAAAGUGGUUUAUGUCAUUCUCCUCCUCCUGUUCUCAACCCUAUCCCCACAACAGCCACCCUGGAAGGUAGGUUGGACUGAGAGUCUGUGACUGGCCCAAAGUCACCUUGUUGGUUCCAUGGCCAAGUGGGAACUAAAACCCAGGUUGCCUGACACCCAGUCCCGCUUUCUUAAUCACUACACCACACAGACUCUCAGUAGAAUCCUACAAGUAAAGCAACCCAUGAAUAAAAGGGCUCAUGGGGCAGUUUAUGGCAGAAGGAAGAGGAGGAGGAAGCCGCUGCCCCGCUAGAGCAGGGCCUGAGAUAAUCUUUGCCUGUCUCCUGUCUCUUUCCCAAAAUAGAGCAUUUCUAUUUAUGCUUGAUUUCAGGGUGCUUUACAAUCAAAUGAACCAUGCCAGUAAAAAAAUAAAUUUAUUAGAACUGGCUGUCAUAUCUUAGCCAAAAGAAGAUUUGGAUAAUUGGAACAGUCUUGAGCUGGUGCACGUUAAGCCUGCCUGUGAUGAUCUGUUUUUUGGUGCAUUUGUUUUCCCUGUUCUCAGCCCAAAAAAGAUUAAAACUCACCCCUUAGCAUUUUCCAGUUAAGACAAUCAAAACAAAUUAAGCAGAGUAUGAGAGGUUUACUCAGUUUGCAUAGCCUACUGAGAGGUCCGCCAUCUUGAUUUUCUUGUUAUGUGAUAUUUUGAAAUGCUUACCAUGAGCUUGUCCAUCGUAGUUCCUGAUGUGUAAUCAUUUUCAAUAGCCCACUUCUUAUUUAAAAAGUGUGUGUGUGAGAAAGAUACUGUGACAAAUACAGGACUGGUUCACAUAUGCUCUCAGGAAUCAGCCUGUGAUGGAGGUUCACAUGCUUCCUUUUUUGGUGUGUAAGUCAUUCUGUGAGUGAAAGUAGGCCUGGCAUGAGGAGACUUGGUUUCUACCACGGAGCAGUUCUUAGCGAUGUCAUUUGCACUGCUCCAGAGGGAAGCCUGAUCUUUGAAGGCACCUCUUGUGUAUCUUUCAUUUCUUUGUUACAUUGCUUAAGGAUUUUGUAUCCUUUUUGUGUAAGUCACUUUGAAAUGGCUGUUGCAGUAGCAAGCAACAUGGAUGGGACUUGAGUCAUCUGCUGCUUCACCCAGCAGGACUAGGCUUUUCACAGAGGCCUUUCUGACAAUGUGCCUGUGAGCAGAAAAGUAGAAAAGAUACUUCCAUCUCUUCAAACAGGCUUCUCCAUACCACUGUUUUUAAUAUUUAAUAAUAUAUCCAUUAUUCUAGAGAAGUUAACCUGUCUCAGGUCCAACACAUUCCAUUUUAAAGAAGCUGUUGGGGGCUGCAUUCCAGUGAUGGGUAGCGCAAAAGACCAAGAGGCAGGGGCAAAAAUGCUAGCCUAUUUUAGCCAAAAACUCUUCCUGCUAGUAAUGUAGCCUUAGAAGAGGCUUUUAACAUAGGAGAAAAGGGCAGGAUAUAAAUACGAUAAAUAAGAACAUUCUCCAAAGGAAUUGAAGAACGGAUGUCCAGUCCAAGUCCAGUUUAAGAAUGAUGAACCAUAGGAAUGGAGAGCAGGAGCCCUGAGUUGGUUGGACAGCAGAAGGAGCAGAUACAUGGGUCACCUAGUCUCAGUCUUCCCAAUACAGAAAAAUGAAUUAUUUGUAUGCAGUGUCCUCUUUUGUCCUUUGUGAUGAGUAAGUGCUUCUUUACCACUAUCACACUGCUCAUGAGUUGGGCAAGGAUUGUGCAAAUCAGGAAUGUGCACAAACCUAUAUGUUGAGCAAGAACUAGCCUUGAGUUGAUCAUGGCAGGGGUUUUCCUCAUGCCAUUUUCCCAAUCCUCUGGCAUCCGUCUUGAGAGAUGAGACACUCUUGCUAUGUUGGCACUCACUUAAAAAACUGAGAAUGAGAACAAUGUGAGGUGAAUGGCCUGUGUAAUUUUAUGCCGGUGCCUUGUUUUGUACGCACCAGCUUCCUCAUUCUCCACUGGCCUCCUUUGAUAUCAGGGUUGGGCAAUUGGGUGAGCACCAGGAGCCACGUUUCUCAAAGAAGUUGCAAGUCAGAGGGCUUGGGCUCACUUUGAUGUGUUAGGUAGAUGGGGUGAUUUCUGGGCCCUAAAUCUCCCUCUAGUUGUUCACUUUGAUUCAUGAGCAACCCAACCCCCCACCCCAAAGUGUGUAACUCAGGUGUUGUUAGACUGCAGCUCCUACAACAUUGCCAGUGGUGAGGGAUGAUGAUUGUAGUCCCAUGAGUUGUUCAUUCCCCAGCUGUAGUGCAAAUAGAUUCCCUAAAUCUGGAUCCAGCUCUGUUGGUCUGUUUUCAGAAACUCAGCAUUCUUCUGGCUUCUUAAAGGAUUACAAAGAUGUCGGCUACUUACUUUGCCCUGCUUCUCCCAUAAACCCUCACCAUUGGCUACACUGGCUGGGGCUGUUGGGACCUGUGGGGCCAAGAACUUGGAGGGCCACCCCUUGAUUACAGCCCGCUGCCUCAGACACAUGAAAUGUUAUCCUUAGUUGGCAUGUGAUUACAUCAGUACAGAAAAAGGAAAA